GCGGAAGCAGUUGUCAGGUGUUGUUGUUGGGCAGCAUGGAUGACAGCAAGGAAUGGCCAGAGGUAGAAAAAGCAGGAAAAGAGAGGAGACGUGAGCUGGUUUUACAAGGCGCAGCGGUCGACAAGAGAAUUUCCUCUAAUGGAGGACUCAACCCUGCCAUCUAUUCCCUCACACUGCUGAAUUAUCUGGAAAUCAGCCAGUGUCCGAGCUUGACAGAGAUCCACGACGACAUCAAACAUCUGACAAACCUCCAGAGCCUCAUCCUUUGCAGGAAUAAGCUUGUCUCCAUCCCGCGAGCCAUCGGUGGUCUGGGCUCCGUGAAGGUCCUGGACCUCUCGGUUAACAACCUCAGGGUUUUGCCGGAGGAGAUCACUCGGCUGGCGGAGCUCAACACGCUGAAUGUGAGCUGCAACAGCCUGGAGGCUCUGCCGGAAGGGCUGAGCCAGUGCACCAAGCUCUCUACCAUCAACAUCUCCAAGAAUCACAUCACCGCCUUCCCCGAUGACUUCUACUCAGAGCGGCUGGAUCUGCUCAGCACCGUGAUAGCUUCUGACAACUCCAUCCAGGAGCUGAGUGCCGAUGUGCACAAGUUGUCAGCUCUGAAGAUGCUGGAUCUGUCCAACAACAUGCUGAGCGAGAUUCCCUCAGAUCUGAGUGACUGCUCCAAGCUCAAAGAGAUCAACCUCCGAGGCAACAAAUUCAAAGACAAGCGUCUGGAGAAGAUGGUCAACGGCUGCCAGACCAAGUCCAUUCUGGACUACAUUCGUGCCGGCAGCAGAGGGAAAGGAAAGGGAAAACAAGGGGAGGAUGGAGAUGAUGCUGAGGCGGGAGGACGAAAUGCAGACAAGAGGAAGAGGCAGCAACAGAGGAAGAAGAAGAAAAAGGUGGACGAAGAGGAUGAGGUAGAGGAAUUAGAUAAGAUGGUGGUGAGGGUUCUCCAUGUUUCCGACGCCCCCACAGCGCUCACGGUCAAAGUAAGCGAGGAGAUGAAGGACAUUCGGCCGUACUUGGUGUGUUGCAUGGUCAGGGGCAUGAACCUGAAGCCUGGGAACGCCCUCAAGAGGUUUCUGAUGGCCCAGACCAAGCUUCACGAGGAUUUAUGUGGGAAAAGGACCACGGCAACCAUCGCAACUCAUGACACGCAGUUUCUCAAAGGUCCCUUGGUGUAUGGCGCCAAACCCCCGGCUCAGCUAAAGAUCGUGCCACUGGGCCGCAAGGAGGUGACGGCCGUGGAGCUGAUGAGGCAGCUUCAGCUGGAGGCCGACGAGCAGAGGAAGCAGAAGAAGAGGCAAAACGUCUCAGGCCUGCACAAGUAUCUGCAGCUCCUGGAUGGAAAAGCACUCUACCCCUGCCUGCUGGAUGCAGAUGGAAAUGUGAUCUCAUUUCCACCAAUCACCAACAGUGAGAAGACAAAGAUAAGGAAGACAACCAAAGAGCUGUUCUUGGAGGUGACGAGCUCCACCAGCCUGCAGACCUGUAAAGACGUCAUGGAUGCUCUCAUUCUGAAAAUGGUGGAGUUGAACAAAUUCACAGCAGAGCACAAGGAGGAGGUUGGGUCAGACGGGGAAGGAGACACCCCUCCUGAACCGGCUGCCGACGGCGAGACUGCCAGCGAGACAUCAAGCGAACUGAUCAUCCAGCAAAUUCGAACCGUCGACCAAGACGGGAACCUCAAGGUUGUCUACCCAUCAAAGACCGACCUCUCCAAAGACAUCAGUAACCUAACAGUCAUCUGGUAGCUGUAACUGCUAACCUCUGAUGUUUACACUCAUUCAUGUGCUAUAUCCUAGACAGGUCCCAAAUGACAUUUUGGGUAUUUAUGGCUGUCAAAUAGUUUUACUAAUACAUGACAUCUAAUGAUUGUUGACAUGCAUUAGAAAAAUUAUUUGACUAUUGGUAAAACUAUUUGACAUCAUCCAGAAAUGAGGAACUCUGUUCACUUGAGGGAACUAAGAAAAUCUGACCCUGAGAUUGUUUGUGUGAUUUAUGCAACAUAUUGCAAAGUUUUGAUUUUGGUAAAUGUUAGUAGGUGCUUACUGCUAACAAAUGUUAAACUGUAAUUAAUUUGCCACAUACAGGCCUGUGUAGGGUAAUAGUUUGACAGUUUGGAUCCUGUUGGCACUUCCUUAGAACUACUAAGAUACUUAAGAUUACACGGAUUAAACAUUUAUAUAGUACACACAAACUAGGAUUUUUUUUUUUUUUGUACAAUUAUUUUUGUAUUACUUCCAAACUGAAGGCAACUCAUGUUUUGACUAGUUUGUCUUUUUUUUUUAUUAUUAUUAUUUGACAUGAAGUAUGACAUGGACUGGGCACUAAUAUAAAGUAGUGGAGAAUUUGUAUGACAAACUUAUGGUUUGUAAUCUCAGAGUAUUUUCAUUUAUCCUGAUGGCCACAAUGAUGAAACCUGAGUCUCAAAAAUAAAAUUUCCUCCAAAAGGC